CACUACACUGCAACAACCAUUUCACACUCCCAUCGCUGGCACCAUCUUAGACACCAUGGACGCGCCCCAGCAGAGCACCAUCACCCCACAACAAGCAAACACUCUUCCAAUAGCAGAGCCGGGAGUCAUCAUUCGCACCAGCAACAAAGCGAAACGAAACUAUCGCACCAAAAAGAGCGACAGCGACAAUGAAGACGACCUGGACCACAGUAAAAACGUGGAUAAGCAUGACUGCGGCCAGGAGACAAAAGAUUCCAUAAAAAGUAUGAACUCUGCGAGUGUCAGCUCGCUCCCCUAUGUGCAGUCGCAGAGCGCUCAGAACAUCGGCGAGGUGUAUCCAGGACUAGCGCGACUUAGUUUUCUAGAUCAGGAGCAAGGAUCCAGCGAUGGCGGCGAUACCCCAUUGAAUACCAAAAAACCGUAUCGUCCACUUCAUCAAACGCCGCGUUUUCAGACUGCAAAAGAUAACCUUGCGUCAAGUGCAGAGGACAUUACCCAAGCAAAGUCGUAUUCAAUCUCCAUGACAACAUCUGCAACAUCAGUACCUCCUGCAACAUCGCCAUCUGCAUUGUCUUCGGGAACUGGAUUACAAACGAGUUUGGUGGAGAUUAAAGAAACCGGCUCUGCUGGCAAGGGGAGGGGUCUCUUUUCAGCUGCAAAAGAAAUUCUCAAGCCAGGAAUUCUUGUCUUCAAGGAACUUGGAUACUGCCAGGUGGUCAACGAUGCAUCCUUGUCGCAAGUGUGCUCUGCAUGCUUCAAGGAUGUGAGGGAGGAGUUGGGGGAGGGCGAUGCCGCUUCUUCGUCAGGAUCUGUGCCUACUGGCGGUCAGCGAAAGCUGGUCCGAUGUGCUGGAUGCAAGAUUGUCUGGUACUGCAACAAGGCGUGUCAAAUCAAAGAUUGGAAACUUCAUCAUCAGCUGGAAUGCCAGGGCAUCCAAAAAUCGAUGGCCAACCCCACCAUGAAGGAUGUUUGGGUGAAACGCACUAUGGAUACAACCACCGUUCGCGCACUUUGUCGAAUCAUUCGGAGGCAGGAGCGUGCAAAGUCUUCAGUCGCAUACAAAGCGGAGCAUGGGAAACUGCAUGCGGCCCAGAAACAGGUCAGCGAGGUUUAUGUCUCAGGACUGGAUCAAAAAGAGGAAGAGUGGCUCGACGAACACGGAUCAACAUGGAUCGAGCAGUACCUCAAUACAUACGAGGAGGAACGCGAGGCAGCCACUGCUGCAACUUCUACUUCAUCGUCAUCUUUAAAGGGCGCAUUGGAGGAAUCGAGUCAUCUUGCCAGGACACUGGCGGUGGCUAUGUCUUGUGUAGUCAUACCAAAGGAGGAUCGACACACGUUUCUGAUGGGCACUGGCGAGGUGGACAUGGAUAUCGUGGCAUCUGCUCGUGCAGGAGGUAUCGAUAUUUGCAGAAAGCUUGAUUCCUACGGCUUUACUAUCACUAACAUAGAAACUACCACUGCCGUUGGUCUGGCGCUGUACGUCCAGUGCAUGCCGUUCAUGAAUCACUCGUGUAUUCCAAACUGUGUGUACACAUUCAAGGGUCCAAGGAUUGAGUGCAGAGUCAUCCGCGACAUUCAGCCGGGCGAGGAGAUGACUAUCAGCUACAUUGACCAGAUCAGUACCACUCAGGAACGGCAGAAACAGCUGAAGGCGCAAUACCGCUUUACAUGCCACUGCCCGCUCUGCAAAUACUUUCCCGCCAAUCCACUUAUCCAACCAGAAACAGAGGCACUUACACAGAUCGUCCCAGGGCCAUUGCCUGAGCCAUCCAAGGACCCCAAGCAAGGCUUUAUCUGUCCUAAUGAUGCGUGUCACUCAAUCAAUAGGCCUCAAUCAAUCCUAGCCAUUGAGUCCCAACUUCGAAUCUACAACAAGGUGGAGCUAAGAUGCGAUAAUUGCGGUCAAGUUACAGAGCUCACUCAGGAACUCGUCAAGGAGAACGAGGAAGAAGCACAGCGACUCAUUUUGGGAUUUGUGCGCGAAAUGAACGAUAGUUCGUCACCUUCCAGCGGAUCGAAAGCACGCUCCAGGAACUUUGAAUUGGCAAAAGUAAAGUUACUAGAAGCAACAGAGGGAGGCGCCGCAAAGCCAACUAUCGUAGGAGGCAUCAAAACGGUCCAGGAACUGUCACCGCGAGCAUUGCGGUACUUUGAGGAUGCGUACAAAACCCUGACAGGAGGAAGAGCGACAAUUAAUAACGACUCCAGUUCAAUUACAGAGAAUCUGAUUUGUCGCAGUGCACUUCACCACCUUGUUCGUCAGCUAGAGCAAAACGGGUUCGAUGAGGCAGUGAGUCACAAAAACUGGACGUUUGCAUUGCGUCGGUCGAUCGAACUGCAGCGGAUACUGAAUGAGACAUACGUAGGCCACCACCCCUUGAAGGCGAUCCAAGGAUAUUACACCUGCAAGAUUGCCAACCUACUGGCCAAUCUGCUUUUGGAGGAAUCGACGAUAGAAAUCGAGGAGAGUGAUCAGGAAAAGUCCGACGAGGAGGAUGCGGAUAUGCUGGACAGCGACGACGAAAGGGAUCUGAAAGCUGUACGGGACGCCAUGCGCAAGGGCGGUCGAGCUGCAGCUGCAGUUGCAGCUGCAGCUUCAAGUAGCAAAGCCGCGCAGAAACAGCUGCAGAGAACGAAGCGGACGGGUGAAGAGGAGGAGUCUGCAGGGAAGAUGAAGAGGCGGGCCCAGGCGGAAUCAUCUCGAGAGCUGCUGCAAUAUCUCAAAUCUUUGAUCCCUAUGGUCGAGGACCCCAAAACUCUGCAGGAGCUCAGGGUGUGCUGGGGCAAGGAUGGCAAGCUGGCGAGUCGAUAUCGGCAUCAGGCCGAUUCGCUUAAGCAGGCGCUGCACUAUGCAGAGCUACCAUUUUCAUCUCACUAGAUAAAUAAACUCCCAAAGAUUGUACGCAU